UUUAUGCAAAAUUUUAGUUUUCGCAACCAAAUUUAACUACAAAAGAACUUAAAAAUUAUGUCUACAAUAAAAAUAAGCAAAUAAAUAAUUGAUAAUUAAUAACAAAAACACUAUUUACAAAGUGAAAAAACACCAACAUCAUUCAGAAAGCAAAGAGUGUCGACUUCAUUGAUUAAAGUACAGCAAAUUUUAUAUGUGAUUUUUUUUCAACUUUGCCAGCCAACCAGACAACAACAUUUGUCACAAUAAAUCUUAAAAAAGUACGGGUGCGUGAGGGCGCAACAGAAUUUUUGAUUUUUUUUGCAAGAAACCUGUGAAAAACUUUAUUAUAGAAAUUUGCCUUAUCGGCUGAGCAGAAUUUAGAAGAAGAGAAAACAAAAACAAUAAAAUCCUUCAUUAUGGAUGAAUUACAAUCAUGGAAUAUUCACGAUGAUAUGAAUUUGUACAUUACACCAGACCGUAUUAUGGUGGAAGUCAAUGCAUUGGACAGAGUAUUGAUAAUCGAUCGAACUUCAAGUAUGAUUAAAGUGCAAUUCAACAAAAAAGAAUUGCAAAAUCUCUCUCCAAAUCGACGCGUCUGCGGUAUACUAGGCACCAUACGACUAGUGGCCGGAGAUUAUCUACUAGUAGCGACACAUCGUCUGUACGUUGGUAUGAUCAAUGGUGCCGUUAUAUGGCGUUUAGCUGGUUACGAUAUUAUACCCUACAUUCCAACAACUACGCAUUUGACACCGAAACAACGAGAACAUAAUGAAACCUAUUUGCAAAUGUUACGAAAAACUUUAGAUACGAAUUAUUUCUAUUUCUCCUACGAUGAACGUUAUGAUAUUACACACUCGUUGCAACGUAAAUGCAACAUGAGUGCGGAAGAAAAUAAUUUAAGUGUUAUCGAACGAGCCGAUAGUCGUUUCGUAUGGAAUGGAGCGUUAUUGAAAAAUUUCCAAAGUAAAGAAAUGCAACAGUUUCAAUUGCCCUUGAUAUUAGGAUUUGUUUCCAUUAACCAAGUGCAAAUAAAUGGCCAGACCUUUGUUUGGUCUAUUAUCUCUAGACGUUCGAUUCACAAGGCUGGCACUCGUUUUUAUAGUCGCGGCAUUAACGACGAUGGUCAGGUGGCUAAUUUCGUGGAAACUGAACAACUUGUAGAGUUUAAUGGUGAACGUAUUUCAUUUGUACAGACCCGUGGUAGCAUGCCCUUCUUUUGGCGUCAAUUGCCUAAUCUGCGCUAUAAACCCAGACCUCACAUUAUCCCUGGACGAGAUCAUUUGAAUGCUUUUAAUCGUCAUUUUGAGGAGCAAAUAGCAAAAUAUGGACGACAAGUUUUAGUUAAUUUGGUAAGUUAAAGAUUUUAUAAGGAA